UUGGACGGCACCAGAGUAAACAUUACGCAUUACAAUUUACAGAUUUACAGUUCAAAGUACAUUACAGAUUUACAGUUCAAAGUACAAGUACAAAAUUUAAUGUACAAUUACAAGUCAAAAUGAGAAACCAAUAAUCUUUUAACUUUGCUGCUUUAAAGUGCUUUCCUCGUACUACUUGCGCUAGGUUGCAGGGAUGGCAAAGGGCGAAGUUGCAUCAUCUGAAGCAGAAAUGGAUGGGGCCAAUUCUAAUGAGAUAGCUCUUCAUCAAACCAGAUGCUCUGAAUAUUCAUUUAGAUCCAGUUCUAGGAUCACGCCCUCGAAUAGGCAGAUGUCUGCUUCGGCCUUUUACUGUGAUCCAGAUGUUCCUGGUACAGGAUCAGAUGGUGUAGUGGCUUCUGAGAGGGAUCAAAACCUUCCAACAUAUUCCAUAAUGCAAUCGAGAAAAUUACCUUAUGCCUUGUGGUAUGUGAUUGCAAAGUCAUUGGGCAUUAAACUUUAUCAAGCAGAAAAGCCAUGGAUAGGAACUAUCAUGUAUAUGGCAACUAUUGCCUCUGCAUUGGGAUUUGCUAUUUGUGGAACCUACUAUACAGCGUUUGAUAUCAUCAGUGAAUACACAAAGUCAACAAUUAUGGAUGGAUCCUUCAACCUUUUGUUAGGUGCAAUUUGGUGCUCACUCGGCAUCUACGCGAACGGGCUGGCAUACAAGCUGUUCCGUAAUCGCAGCAUGAUGGACAAGCUACGCUUGCAUGCCAAGACUGUGUUCAAGAUCAACUCUGCACUUCUCACUGCGUUUCUUGCAGUAAGCUUCAUGAUGGUGAACAGCUGUCAUGUGAAAGACCAAUUUCAGAACAGUUACUGUGAGCAAGUGCAGCUGAAUGCUAUCGUCUGCAAGGUCUACUAUGUGUCGAGAGUCGUUUUCUCUACAUGUGCAUGCAUCUGGAAUGUUCUUGUGGCUAUCGUCUGCAUGUCUCUCUGUCGGACACACACAAUAGGGAUCCGACGGUUCAUCAAACAACUCGAAAUAGAUGGCGCCAGGAUAGAGAAGCGACAGUUAGUGUCAUCAAAUCGAAGUUUCCAUACUGACAUAGACUUGGUUGACAACCAACGUCUUGAGAUGGAUGAAAUAGCUGCAGAUGUUGAUGAGCAUAGAGAAGAUCAAUAUUCAGCUGAAACACAUGAGGGGGAUUCUGUUUUUUACAUAAACAUACCAGAUCUUACUGAUGAAACACAUCCAGCACAGAGUGCAUCACCCAUAAACAGCCAAGCUCCUGGCAUCAGGCAGAGAACGCGUGAUCACCCUGAAAGGGAAUGUAGUAUCCAAUCAAAUGUCAUCUACACGAACAAUGACAUCUUGCUUAUUUUCUGGAAGAUAUCAAGUCAUCUUAGGAUGACCUCGCUGCUUCUGGAGCGAUGGUUGUGUAGCUGGGUGGCUCUUGUAAUGCUUUGGACUGCACUCUACCUGCUGUAUUGGCUCGACAACACUGCUAGCACUUACGAUGUGAUCGAGUUCCUCAUCCCGCUUAUCCUCCUUCCCCUCGUCUGCUCGGCGUUUGCAGAGGUCAACAAUGAAGGAAUACGUGUGCUAAAGUGUGUAUGUCCAACAGAUGAGAGAAUGCACAUGCUGUUUUACUUGAGUCAGUUUCCGAUCCAGAUAACGGCGUUUAAUAAUCCUGUCACAUACUCAGGAAUUAUCAAGGUGAUCAUGGCAAUUGGAUUUGCUUUCGCUUCCAAGGUCAUCAUUGAUCUUCUCUCCGACGUGUGACCCUAAGAAUCAGCCAUUUUCUUUCUACCUGGGAGUGCUACACCCGUAUUUGUUAAUUUCCCCAUUGUCACGAGUUGAAGCUAUAGGGCUAGUGAGGCACGCACGCAUACACUGUAGACGGAAAUGUUUAGUAACGUCAGAUAAUGAAAAGUUUAAUAAACCAUAUAACAGUUCAACGUUGGCACCCGCACAACCCUCAAUUGCAAUAUUACGGAAAACUAUAUAUACAUUAAAUGAUACACAUAAUAUAAUUAUAAUGAGAUAUAAGGAAUCAUAAGGAGGAUUUGUGUGUGUAUUCAUACGUGAUAAGAUUGUAUGAUAAUCGUUACUUGUGCCGUAAACCUGUGGUAUAAGAUUGUGUUUUUAGAUUAUGCAUAGCACUUAUUUAUUAUGUGAUUAAAACAAAGUACAGUAAUAAAUAACAGCAAUACAUAAUAACAUUAUAUGUAUUGUAUGUUAUGUAUUAUAUGUAUUGUAAAUAUUAUAUAGGAAUUCUUACAAGUACUAGUAAGAUGUCCUAUAGUUAUCAUUCCUGUUAUUACUUUUAUCAAUUUUCCAAGUGAUUUAAUGUCCACUUAAAGUUCAUAGGUUUAUAUUUACAUUCCCAAUUUGUUGGUUAUGUAAUUUUUUUUUCAUAUAUGUAUAUAUACAGGAAAACAAUUAAAUCUAAUCAGUUCAA